UACUUUCAUUACAUCUUUAAAUAAGAAACUCAGCAGAACUAUAAAAAGUGCUGCCCACUCCUGACCAUCUAUCUCCAGACUGGAAGAGAGGACAUGACACUGGCUCAGCUAUCUCAUCCCCUAGGGGGGACAUCCGGCAAUCAUCCUCUUACACAAUGCAGAUUCUAUUGCUGGGAAAUGUCUUGCAACUCUCUAACUCCAGUGUCAGGUCUGAUCGCUGUAGUGGAUGAAAAAGCCUCACAUUUCUGCUAGUGCAAGAACAUUGAGCAUGGAGAGGGAGGGAGAGAACAGCUGCUCCUUAACAGAUGAUGUAGUUUGCUGGCUCUUUAAACCCUGCCGGCUAUGGAGAAAGGGAGGCAGAGUAAAUGUGUGUUAAAAUGGGUGAAGGCAAGUCCAAUGAGUCUUCACAGCACCUCCCAGAAAAAAAAAAAAAAGUGUUUGCAUGGGACAGGGAUGUAUAUAAAGCCGUCCAAGAGGUUGAUGCUGCAUGUGAGCUGACAGGUAGCAUAGCAGAGAGAGGCAGGGACAAAGGGCAGCCUGAACAUCUGCACCACUGCCUCAUUCUCCACCGGCAGAACUUCAUUUAUUGCUCAUUUACACUUAUUGGGCUUUGUAUUUUGGCAGCUCUAGAUCCAUGGAUUUAUGAUCUGCUCUUUCCCCUUUAAGUAGAUUAUUUCCAGUUUUUGUGCUCCUGGUAAAUGAGUCACGGUCACCAUGCACACACAUCUGGCUGUCACCUUGCUGCUCGCUCUGGAUUUGCUUCUUCUUCAAAGCACUUCUCUAGGCCACUCUCCAGAUGGGGUCCUCGUCACCCCGAAAAGGUUGGAUCCUGAUAUAAAUGGAAGGCAUUAUUUCAAAGAAGGCAAUGAACAGACCAAAGACACAGGAGUCAUUUUCCAGAUCUCAGCUUUUCAGGAGGAUUUCUAUCUGAAUUUGAGCCCUGAUUCUCAGUUUAUUGCACCAGCUUUUUCCAUGCAUUUUCCUGGCGCUCACCCCAAACCAUCACCAAGUGUCCGACAUUGCUUCUACUCUGGAGAUGUCAAUUCUGACCGGGAUUCAUUUGCAGCACUGAGCCUCUGUGGAGGACUGCGAGGAGCUUUUGGCUACCAAGGGGUUGAGUAUUUCAUCAGCCCUUUGAAAAAUAGUACUUUGGACCAGGUUCCAGGUAGUCAGCAGGGGCCACAUCUGCUGCAGAAAAGGAGAGCAAUUUUUCAGUCAUCAGACACCACAUCCAGGUGUGGGGUCAGCUCUGCAUUGAACCACGGCAUCAUGGAAGCUCUGCAAAGAUACAAAGGUUCCAAGCACCACAGAUCUCAUGUCAAUGGUACCAGCAGGCCCAGGGGUGGUCACCGAUCUAGACGUUUUGCCUCUAUCACCAGGUACGUGGAGACAUUGGUUGUGGCUGACGAGUCCAUGCUCAAGUUCCAUGGAGACGACCUACAGCACUAUCUACUCACCUUAAUGGCCACCGCAGCCCGGUUGUACCGUCAUCACAGCAUCCAGAACCCCAUCAAUAUUGCAGUGGUAAAGUUCAUGGUUCUGACUGAUGAUGGGAAGGGUCCAAAAGUGACCACCAAUGCAGCCAUGACCCUGAGGAGCUUCUGUGCCUGGCAAAGGAAAUGGAACAAAGUUAGUGACAAGCACCCCGAGUAUUGGGACACUGCCAUCCUCUUCACCAAGCAGGACCUGUGUGGCGCCUCCACCUGUGACACCCUGGGAAUGGCAGAUGUGGGCACCAUGUGCGAUCCUAAGCGCAGUUGCUCAGUGAUAGAGGACGACGGGCUCCCUUCGGCCUUCACUACAGCUCAUGAGCUUGGUCACGUGUUCAACAUGCCUCAUGACAACGUCAAGGCCUGCGAGGAGGUGUUUGGGAAGCUUAAGGAGAACCACAUGAUGUCACCCACACUGAUACAGAUCGACCGGGCCAAUCCAUGGUCUGGGUGCAGUGCCGCCAUAAUUACAGAUUUCCUGGACAAUGGACACGGUGAGUGUCUCCUGGAUGAGCCAGCAAAGCCAAUAUCAUUGCCCGAUGAGCUCCCGGGGGUCAGCUACAACCUGAACCGCCAGUGCGAGCUCGCCUUUGGUCUGGGAUCCAAGCCUUGUCCUUAUAUGCAGUACUGCACCAAGCUGUGGUGCACGGGGAGAGCCCGGGGGCAGCUGGUGUGCCAGACCCGACAUUUUCCUUGGGCGGAUGGUACCAGCUGCGGUGAUGGGAAGUUCUGUCUGAAUGGAGCAUGUGUGGAGAGGCAUAACACCAAACGAUACAAGGUGGAUGGAUCAUGGGGCAAAUGGAGCCUUUAUGGACAGUGCUCCAGGACCUGUGGUGGGGGGGUGCAGCUUGCCAAACGAGAGUGUAACAAUCCAGAGCCGUCCCAUGGAGGAGCCUAUUGUGAGGGUCUACGAGUGAAAUACAGAUCGUGUUCUCUCAACCCCUGCCCAGACACUGGUAAAAGCUUCCGUGAGGAGCAGUGUGAGGCUUUCAAUGGCUUUAAUCAAAGCACAAAUCGUCUGAUGUCCACGGUCGGAUGGGUCCCCAAAUACUCUGGCGUGUCACCGAGGGAUAAAUGCAAGCUUAUCUGCAGAGCCAAUGGCACCGGCUACUUCUAUGUGCUUGCACCUAAGGUCGUCGACGGGACCCUAUGUGCCCCUGACUCCACCUCUGUCUGUGUGCAAGGCAAGUGCAUCAAAGCAGGAUGUGAUGGACAACUGGGGUCAAAGAAGAAAUAUGACAAAUGCAGAGUAUGUGGUGGGGACAAUAAGAGCUGCAAAAAGAUCUCUGGCCUUUUUACUAAACCCAUACAUGGCUAUAAUUUUGUGGUCACAGUUCCUGCCGGUGCCAGUAAUUUGGAUGUGAGACAGCGUGGGUAUAAAGGACUCAUCAAUGAUGAUAAUUACCUUGCAGUGAAAAAUGGACAAGGUCGUUACCUGCUGAAUGGGAAUUACAUAGUGUCUGCAGUAGAGAGGGACAUUUUGAUACGUGGGAGCCUUUUGAAGUACACGGGUACCGGCACUGCAGUGGAAGGCUUACAAGCUGUUGGUGUGAUUCACGAACCGCUGACUAUAGAGGUUUUAUGUGUUGGGAAGAUGACACCUCCACGACUGAGGUACUCAUUCUUUAUCCCAAGGGAAAAGAAAGACAGCAAAACUGUGCAAAUAAUAAGCAAUAGUCUCACUGCUCUCGCACCUCCGCCUCCCCGACCCAGACCUCAGUCUCACUGGACAGCAGGUAGUUGGGGGUCAUGCUCAGUCUCUUGUGGUGAUGGCCAGCAAACUCGAAUAGUAGAAUGUCGUGACCCUUGGGAACAGCUGUCAUCAGAUUGCCCAGCAUCUCUCCGCCCACCUGAAAUAAGGACCUGUGGUGACCCUUGUCCAAUAUGGGAGACUGGAGAGUGGACAGUGUGCUCAAAGACCUGCGGCCGGGGAUUUAAAAGACGGCAAUUGCGGUGCAGUGCUGGAGGUGGAGUAACCUUACCAAGAGAGCACUGCACAUUGAAACGAAAACCUCAGGAACUAGACUUUUGUAUCCUGCGCCCAUGUUAGUGAUCAAAGAACAGGCAACUCUGAGAAAUGUAGAGCUCUGCUCAGCAGAGAAUCUUGGAGCAUGUGCUAAGCUCAGGCCCCAGGUAGCGGUGAACCACAUUUCAUGACCAAAGGGACUAAUUUUGCAUUGUUAUGAUGAGUGGGGAAUAUUGUGGACAUUUGAAGGUUAAUGCUUUGCACUUUUAUUAGCUUUUAUUGUGUUUCUGAAUAAUUCUACAAUGUGUGUGUGAUUCUCACCACAGUUGGCUUCCACCUUUGAGCAUUAAUUGUGGAGUCAGUGGAUGAGUUUGUGAAGAAGUUUCGUCACUGUGUGAUCAGUCACGUCUCUAUGUUAUAACACUCAGUAUGAGGAGAUCUAGAAUCUGACCAAAAGCUUGGAGAGGUGGCAUACUCUUGAGAUGAUCCAGCCAAUGUAUCUGCUAUUGGGCUCAUUGGAGAAGAGGCUCAUCCUUCCAUCUCUGUGGGUGACACCCGCCAAAGAAUUUUUGAAGGGUGUCAUCUGGGAGAAUAAUCUUUUUUUCCACUCUCAAUGCAUUUGAAGACCUCACAGGUCUGUUCCUCAGGCACGGCCAUCAUGGCUGAUUUGAUCCUUUGUGGCACUCUUCUGUCCUAUAGCACUGCAACAAGGGAUGGGGAACAGAGCCAAGCGUCAUGGCUAUUUCUCUCUCUAGGGUGAAAAAGCAACGUACUUGUCACAGGACCAGGGGCUGUGAUUGAAUAAACAGCACGAGAAGGCUUGAUUUUUACUUUUGGUCUUCCUUGUGUGUAAGAGCAGCAGAGCUGGAUGAAGAAUCUCUUAGAGACGUGACUGUCACAGUAGUGUCCUCUGUUAUAUGAAGGAGUCAUGUAGAUGGGUCAGGCCCAGUGCAGCUAUUUACAAUAAUAUUUGCCCAUUGGAUGUUGGGUUAUACAUGGUGAAAACGUUAAUGGUUUUCAUACAAGAGGAUAUAGGGAAGGGAAUGGUCCUUAGAAUUAGUGACAUGCAACACAAUGAUGGAAACAAAGAGAUGACGGGGCCCUCCUGUCACUCUGAGAAAUUCACACAUGGACUAAAUUUGCACAAGACUAUUACACGUGAGUGACAUUAUGCUUUAUGACUCCGAGUCCACGUCAGUGAUUGUACGAAACAGGGCAAGUAUGGGGUUAGCAAAACCAACAGUUAAAUCUACCUCUAUGUAUCACCUGUACGACAUGAUGGAGAGAUGGAAGGGCUCUCGAUAUCGGGAUGGUGUAUAGGGGGAACGGCUUUAAAUAUUGGGAUGAUGAGGGGAAAGGGCUUUAGAUAUCGAGAUUAUGGAUAGAGGGAAGAGCUUUAGAUAUCGGUAUGAUGGAGAGAGGGGAAGGCUUUAGAUAUCUGGAUGAUGGAGAGAGGGAAUGGCUUUAGAUAUUGGGAUGAUGGGGGGGGGGGGGGGCUUGAGAUAUCGAUAUCAGUAAUUCCUGCCCUAAAAUAGAUUUACAGCCUUGUCAUUCGUAUUCUGCAGCAAUGAGCCCUUACCAUCCAACACGUUUCACUCAUUGAGAUUACAAGGACUGCGAUUUGUCAAAUGAUUUCACUCUUUUUGAUAUUGGUUUUCUAACAGGUGCUAAGACUGGGUUGUCCAUAGAUACCCGGCAGCCAUACAAAGCCCAAUUACCAGCUGCCGGGCCAAGAUCAUCGUCAGUAGCAAUCUAUAGAAAGAGGCAUUGCAUUUCAUGUGUUUAUAAAAAAAAAUAUUACUCGAAUAAUUCUAAAACAUUAGAAAUAUCACGUAGAAGUCUCUAUGCAGCUAAAUGUCAUUCUCUAAUAGAGAGGCUGGUGAUUACCUGGUCAUUCCAGAAUAUAGAGGCAAUGUAGAGGUUCUGGUGAUUAUCUGGUGUUCUGUUGCUUUUUACAAAAUGCAUAAAAAACACACUGCAAAAAAUAGCAUGCAUUAUUAGUUUUUGUUUUUGUUUUGUUUUUUGUUACAGGUGAUAUGUGUCAAACCAAUGUAGUAAUUGCCUAUGCUAUGCGGUAAUUGUCUAGAUAGGGAAAAAAUACUUUGUUUAGGACUUUUUUCCAUCUAAAAUAACAGAUCUCAGGCAGAAGAAGCAAAAAUGGAUGAAAAAUGUACAUAACUGAACAUAACGUAUUCUCAAAAUUGAGGAUCUAUUUUUUUUGUUUUGUUUUCUGUUCAGUUCUGACAAAAUUGGAGAGACCCUAGUUGCACUAGAAUUACAUCAAUUUGCGCUACUUUUUAAACAGAUUCGUGCCGUAGAGACAUUACUAAAUCUGUUUGACCCAUUCAAAAAUUUGUGUAUUUUUUUAAUGUGAUUUUAAAAAGCAUAACAAAACCUGCCCUUAUGUAGAGAAAAUGUGAAUUAUCUGGACUAUAGACUCUCUGGUGAUUACUGUCGAGCGAGCCAGGUUUUACAAAACUAUUCAUAUUCUUUACAAGCCGAAGUAAGGCAGAUGUGGUUUGACACUGGUGAUCUCACCACCAGUCCUGCCGGGUGAGGACUUAUUAAAAUAUAAUGAUGGAGCAAGGCUAAUUAUUCCCAAAUUGGAGAUCUCUGUUGUGUUUUACAUUUGUUUUUGUACAUUUAUUUUACUAUAUUUUUGAUAAAGCAGAAGACAAGCCAAAGUUGCGGCUGCAAAAAUCUGUAUACUGUGUAUACUCUGUAUAGUCAUGAGUGAUCAAGAAUAAACACUUAGAGAAAACCACAAA